GUCACGCGGACAUUCACGUGAACAUGAACGGAUUUCGGAACGACGGAGCGAAAGGUCACGUGAACAUUCUCGUGAAAGGACACGCGAUUACCACAGUGAAAGGUCACGCGAACGCUCCCGCGACCGAGAUUACCGUGGCGGAAGAGGAUGGGUGCGCCAUGGAGACGAAGUUACGGAAAUGAGUAUUCAAAAACGGCGUGCGGAGACGUUCCGUGCAGAGCCUGAAAAACAAGGGCAUCAGGUGCCGAUGGGAGUUGCAUUCCGGAAUCGCAAUGUCAGAAUGUCAACACCUGAAAGGUCAUGGGACAAAAGACGCGAACAUACGCGAAAUCGAACGCCUGACCCACAGGAUAAAAGAUGGCAACAGAGAGCUGCAUUUUAUGCGACCUUUGACUCGGGCGCAAGUAAAAGGUCAUCAAGCACUGAACGAGAAGAUUCACCCCCAAAGUAUCAGCGGGUGGAGUCAGUGGUUCACGUUGUGGAACCAAUUGUGAGCGUCGUACAAGAAGACGAUGCGAUGGAAGGGACCAGCUCAGUUGUCGAAACCACGUCUCAAGAGAAUGUGACUCACCGACGAAAUGUGAUCUUGGAUAGUGACCUUCAACCGGCUUCAUCGACGAGUAAUGAACCGUCGCAGCCAGUAUCAGCAGACCGACGUGAACUGGAAGGUCAAGGCGAACCAGAUAAUCGUCGCCAAGGUGACCAGCGAUUAAACUCCAGAUUUAAUAACCGACAACCAGAAAGUAUCGACAUGGAAUACAAGACGACUGAUAUUGAUGAACAAACGGUCGAAAUUUGUCGAUACUUUGGACUUGAGCCGGAUUCGGUUGAAGCCAACAAAAUUGGCACAAUUCUGAGACAGUUGAGCCAAUUCCUACUUGACUCGGGUUAUGCGAGAGAGAUUAAACAAGGAGUGGAACAAGGACUUUUCCGUCGGUUAUUCAUCCACCGCGAUUCAGUACGGGACUGUUAUCUCCCUAUCAGACGGAAUGGGCUACACAGUUUGGUGGAUUUAAGUUUAUUGGAUGUACCGCUGGACACAACUGACCCAAUCGGGAUGACACAGUUCUACUACAGAGACUAUCCCGAACGCCAAGAAUACGUGGCUCAGUUUGUUCUACGACAUGUGAAUCCAGCUUUCAAGUUGCUUGCAGCAAGGGCGUCGAUAGGACUACAGGUGGAUCCUAAGGACUAUGCCGCAAAAAGGAUGGGGCAAAAGGUCUUCGCUGCGAGACUGGCACAUUACAAGACACAGAACCAAUUGGUGUCUAAUACCAUGAAGGACGACAUUCCACCGUUCUUCCGAGCUCAUGUCGCUAAAUUGGGACAACCGAUGGAACAUAUCAGCAUAGCGCAUACGGCUCGCAAGGCGCUGAAAAAGUGUAAGACACGAAUGGAAAAGGGCAACUUGACACAGCGCCACGCAUCCCAAGUUGAAGAAAGGAUUAAUAAGAUCAAAGAUUCUCUGGGAAGUGACUACGUUGAACCGGUGGACGGAAUCGAAACUUACAUUGAUGAAUUCUUAGUGAAGAAAAGUGACCGUCGCCCAGACCGUGCGCCUAACCAGAUGGGACGACGCGGCAUACGAAACCAACAGCUGCGGGACAAUCUCGCCGACGUGCAGCGUCGAUUGGCGGAAGACCCUGAUAAUCGAAGACUGCGACUCGAAGAAAAUGACGCACGCCAUCGACUUGAGGCGGUUAAGCGAAGUCGCCAAGGUAAAGGUCGUGGCCAGCGCGAAGUUGACCCGACAAAGGUCAUGGAAGUUGACUCAACGGAACCAGUUGACCGAACUUCCGAUCGAAACCAACCGGAAAGCGCUAAGAAACGCCCGCCGAGAGAUGGCGAGGGCGAUUCAAAUGAAAUGGAAUAGUGUUGACCUUUAGGAUCACACUAUUGAAAGGACGUCUACGGCAUUUGUCGCGUUUAUAGCACAGAAUUGCCUAAAAGAAAUCAUGUGGAAUAUCUAUUGGGGUUGAAAUUGAUUCGGUCUAUAAAGCCGGC